AUGGCUCCUGUCCUGUCCAAACUUCUUGUUCUGGGGCAGCUAGGUUGCGCGUCUGCUCUCACGUUUGCCGUGCCAUCAACUGUCCCGUCGAAUGCAAGCCCCCAGCUAGCUGCGGCCCCUGUGGGAGUCUCAUUUGAGUUCUUCGCUUGGCCCGGUUAUUUCGACGAUGUCGCCUCGACAAUCAAAUGUCUCCAGAACCUCAAGGAUGUGAGUGGCACUUGGCCACCCAUCCGAAUCGGCGGAACCACCCAGGAUCGCGCUACUUAUGAUGCCUCAUCCAGGGCGGCGGUGACGUACACGGUUGCCAGCGCCGGAGCUGCGCCAGCGUCUCUGACCUAUGGACCCUCGUUCUUUUCGCUAGCAGCCGAUUAUGGUGGCAAGGUCGUCAUUGGCCUGAACCGUCGACUGAACGACCAAGCCAACACCAUUGCGGCAGCUAAAGCUGCGAAGGCAGCAAUGAGGAAUCUGUACUCCAUUGAGCUUGGCAACGAGCCCAACUUCUUUACCAGCAGUGACCCCAUCGCCGGAGGAAAGACUUGGAACGCGGCUGCCGAUUACGCUUCUCAACUCAGUUGGCAGAAGGCGGUGGGCGGUGCUCUCGGCGGUUCAGACCAGUUCUCAGCUGGUGUAUACUUUGGAACUUCGCCGAUGAGCAUCAAGGGCCUCACUGGACAGGAAGGGAGCGCAAACUCCUUCGUCAAAGACUACUGUUCCCACAAUUACCCGCAGUCCCAGAGCACUGCCGACCUUUCUAAGUUGAUGGACCACAGCGCGAUCAAGACCCAGAUCCAGCCGUUUGCUGCCGAAAUCUCCGCUGCUCAAGCCAAGGGCAAGCCCCAUAUCUUUGGAGAGACCAAUUCUGCGACCCAAGGUGGUGGCGGCAUCAGCCCGACAUAUGGUGCAGGUCUAUGGGUGAUGGACUACGCGAUUCAAGCGGCCAUUCUGGGAACAAAUGCUCUCUAUUUCCAUCACGGCACCAUUGGAAACUGCCAGUAUUGCUGGUGGGGUAACUUCACCGUUGGUGCUCCAUACUACGGUGCCAUGAUGGCCACCAAGGCUCUGGCAGGUGCCGACAGAAUUGCCCCUCUCGACGAUGGCAGCACCCGUUACGGUGCCUAUGCCAUUUAUAAGAACAACGCCCCUGUCAGGGUGCUCCUUUACAACUCUGACUACUUCACCAGCGGGACCCGGACAACGCAGACGUACACGCUGACAGGGCUGAGUUCGUCCAAAGUCACUGCUAAGCGCCUGACUGCUGCGUUCUCCACUUCCAGGGUUGAUAGGGGUCAGUCUCCCACACUGGCGGGACAGACUUGGACGGGUGGAUCCUGCAAUGUGAAGGGUACCGAAGUCUCGGAGAGUGCGACUGUAUCCGGUGGUAAGGCUACUUUUACCGUCGGCGCUUCUGAGGCUUUGCUGGUGUACCUCUGA